AUGACGUGCAUAAAGGACGAGCCGCCGGUACUGGACAUCGUCCAGGAGGAGGCAAUGCUGGCAAAGAUGCAAGAUGUUGAAGACAGAGAGAUUGUCCGGCUGACGCGAGAACUGGAAGCCUGCAAGGACGAGAUUGGAUCCUUGACACAAGACUGCGUGGAAAUGGGAUCGGGAGAAAUGCAAUGCCAACGAACGCACCAGGAAAUGCUAGCCGAAAUGCGCAUCAUCGAACAACAGAUUGACACCCUUACCACUCAACUCGCCAUGGCACCGUCUUUAGCGUGUAUGACCGAUGUGGAAACGUUUGCGGGAGCGAUUGUAGAGUUCACGAAUCGGCCUAAACAACUUCACCAGGAGCUCACAGCGAUCAAGCGGCGCAAACACGAUUUGCAACAACAAAUUCUAGUGCAACAAAAGAAUAUCCAUGCGCUGGAAAAGUUGAGCGCUGGCCAAGCGAGUCGCGUGGACACGUUGGAACGAGACAUUGCGGAUUUCGAAGGCAUCCUUCACGACACUGAAGAGGGAACGCACCAUUUGCGGCAAUCGUAUCAAGUGCUCAUGCAUCAAAUUCAUCGGCACAGGGAACAGGUAUCAAAACCGAGUAAAGAAAAGCAUCGAAAUCAAGCGACGAAUCCCCCACGCCACCCGCCUGUGCGCACAUCGACCGAAUCCCUGCCAGCCACCGAAACCCCAGUCGGCAAACCUCGUCGCGACAGCAAAGCUGCGCCCAUUCAAACGGCGGCCGACCUCAUCCAGUCGUUUCAAAAACGUCGGUAUACGUCGUCCAAACGCCAAAAAACAUUGCUCGAAUAUUGA